AUGUCACUCCUUUCCUCCCUUCGAUCCAAUCAUCAUCAUCAUCAUCAUCAUCAUCAGUUGAAGAGAACAGGAAUGGGCGUUGCAUUAACACCGUUUCUUCCCAGUCUCCCUUCAAUUUCCACUUCCACCCACAAUCGCAGUUUCAUCGUUGCUCCAUAUAGUACCCGUCGCAUUCACAUUACGAUAAAAUGCGUGAAGUUAGAUAAUGCAGAUACUGAAUCAGAAGCAACGAUAAUGUGCGAAGCUUGUAACGGAAAAGGAUGGUUAGUUUGUGAUUUUUGUGAAGGCCAAAAGACUAACGUCAAAGCACAGAACAACCGUAUCUACCGUCGUUGUCCCUCCUGCAAAGCCGUUGGAUGUGUACUCUGUUCGAAGUGCAAGGUUUUUAAAUGCGUCACUUUUCCUGAUUUCAACGACUCUCCGAUUAAUUAA